AUGGAAUACAUAACAGUAAUGUCAAUGUCUCAAGUCACAGCUCCUUACAGUUGGUGCACAGAAGCAUAUAAUGCAGACAUAUUUGUGAAGACUUACAUUUGUGAAGUUAGGAGGAAUAAGGAAACUGGAUCCGGAAUGAGUAGGGUGAAAGUGAAAUGUGAAGGUGAAGUAUGGUCCUAUAGGUGUAGGGAUUGUUGUGUUGUUGAUGAUGAAAUGGGUAGGGUGGAAGCAGUGGCUUUAAUGGAGGCUGUGGUGUUUAAAGUGUACAAUGAUGGGGUUGGGUCACUGCACUCACUUUCUUCAAGAUUGGUUUUUUCGUUUAUACGCAGGGCAUUAAACAACGAACAACUGUGCAACCACAUUUAA